GUUUGUUUUUAAAGUUAAAAGUCAGUAAAUACUGAGAAUACAACGUUUGAAUUUGUUAUUUGAUGUUUGUGUUGUUUUUUUGUAAUAUAUUUUAUAACUUUGUGUUAAAUUAUUUAUACGUACAAUAUGAAACAGUGUAAUGGCCCCCAAUUAGAAAAUUGUAGAAAAUUAGUUCGCACACACCUUGAUUUGCAAUUAUUUUCAUCAGCAUUAUUUUGGGCUGAUAAAGCCGCUACAUUAAGCCAUUCUGACCCAAAAGAUAUUUAUCAAUUGGCUAGUUGUAUGUUUUUACUAAAGCAGUAUCAAAGAGCAGUGGUGCUGAUCAAAAACAAAGGACUUGAUAAAACUGAUAUGCUAUGCUACUAUAUGGUUUUGAGAUGCCUGGUAGAAGCAAAAGAUUAUACAGAAGCAGCAAACAUAAUUAAUUCAGAAAUGAAUCCAACCUCAUGUAAUAUAUCACUACAGCAACAGGAUUUGAAAUCACAUGAUUCCCUUACAUAUUUUAAUGUUCAAAGUGCAUUAUUUUGUAUCAAGGGAAAAAUAUAUGAAGCCUUAGACAAUAGAAAUUUUGCAACAGAUUGUUAUAAAGAAGCUUUAAAGAACGAUGUUCAUUGUUAUGACGCUUUCCAAGCACUUAUUCAGCACCAAAUGUUAACUUCAACUGAAGAGCAUUGUUUAAUUCAGUCUCUUCCAUGGGGAAAUCAUCCAAAUGAUUGUAUUACAAAACCAUUGUAUGAAGUAUUAUUAAAAAAAUACCAAGAACCAAAACUUACUGGCCCAUUUUCUCAAUUUGAUAUACCUGUUCAAUUGAUGUUGGAUAAUCUUGAUGUUCAAGUUGCAGAAUCAGAACGACACUAUUAUGCUUGUGCCUAUAAAGAUUGUUUUCAAAUUACUGAAAGUGUUUUAAAACAAGAUCCAUAUCAUCCAGAAUGUUUACCUAUACACAUAUCGUGUUUGGUGGAACUGGGGAAAUCAAAUAAACUCUUUUAUUUGGCACACAAACUAGUUGAUCUUCAACCAGAUCAGGCAAUUGCAUGGUUCGCUGUAGGUUGCUACUAUUAUCUUAUAGGUAAAAGAGAUCAGGGUAGAAGAUAUUUAGGAAAAGCUACCAAUUUAGACAAUACUUUUGGACCUGCUUGGUUAGCUUAUGGUCAUUCUUUUGCCGUUGAAAAUGAACACGAUCAGGCUAUGGCAGCAUAUUUUAAAGCAUCACAACUUCUUAAAGGCUGUCAUCUGCCACUUUUAUACAUUGGUUUGGAGUGUUCCUUAACUAAUAAUAUAUUGAUGGCACAGAAAUAUUUGAAAGAGGCAUCAGAAAUGGCUCCAAACGAUCCAUUUGUUUUACAUGAAUUAGGUGUAAUUUCUUUUCAAAGUCAUAGGUACAAAGAAGCAGAGGUAAGAUUCCUUGAAGCUUUGGAUAGAAUCAAACAGAUUAAACAGCCAAUAAUUUCUGAAAAAUGGGAAUCUUUGUUUAACAAUUUAGGACAUGUGUACAGAAAACUGCAAAAGUACGACAAAGCUUUGGAGUACCAUAAACAAGCUUUGGUUGUAUCACCUACAAACACAACGACAUUGACAUGCAUUGGAUUUAUUCAAGCAUUAAGUAAAAAUUUUGAAGCUGCUAUAGAAACACUGCAUAAAGCUUUGGGUCAAAAGAGAGACGACACAUUUAGUAGUUCAAUGUUAUCAUGGGUAAUGGAAAUGUACGUUCUUGAACCUCCUAAAAUUGCAGAAUUUGUAGAAGAUGAUGAAUAUAAAAAUAAAAACGAAAAUGAAAUGACAGAAGAAGGAAAGAUGGAAGAUGAGAAAACCGAGGACGCAAAGAAACUAAGUGAACGGUGCGAUGAUUCCUUCAAACUGAAUGAUGACAAUGAUUUGAUAUUACCAUUUAGAAAUUCAAAAUUUAGACUUUGGAACAAGAAAUUAAAAAAUGAUAACAGUUCUGUCAUAGAAGAUGAUAGUAAUGCUAUGAACGUAGAUUCAAGUACACCUGCUGAUGAAUCUAGUUACAAUAUGGACUUGUCAACUAAUAUGUCUACAAAUUCCAAUAGUUUUAAAUGAUCUUAAAUUUCUAUUAAUCGGGAUAACACUAUUUUUGAUAAAGCCAUCAUAAAGAUUUUUUCGAAGUGGAAGCAUGUUUUCGACAAAUAAACUUUGUUAUAAUAGCAUGUAACUUCUAAAAUUAAAUUUUACGAUAGAAACCUAAUGCUAUAAUAUAUAAUGUUGUAUUCUUAUAA